CGCCUGCUGCAUCUGCCGGUACAUGCUGACCGAGCCGUCCAGCUACGGCGACGACCUGGUGAUCCAGCUGAACGGCUGCCGCCACGCCAUCCAUCUGGACUGCCUGCGCGCCAUGGUCGAGAGUACAAACCAGGUCCAGUACCUGCAGUGUCCCGCCUGCCAGUCCAUAUACGGGCGGAAGGUGGGGCAGCAGCCGCCGGGCAGGAUGUCCACGCGCCGGCUGCCCAUCCCGCUGCCCGGCUACGACUGUGAUACCAUCGAAAUAUCAUACAUGAUCUCACCGGGCAUCCAGGGACCGGAGCACCCGCACCCGGGCCGGCCGUACAAGGUGCGCGGCUUUCCGCGCAUCUGCUACCUAGCCCAGCACCACGCAGGGACGCAAGGUACGGCCGAGAUGGGCGCGGCGGUGCGUGUCCGCUGA